CUUGAAACCAUCAAAGGGACCCAGGAGGCGCAUCAUCACCUAUGCGGCCGACCCCAUUCACAGCACAGGCUGCAAGUGAGGCUUAAGAGAUGGGAAGUGCCCUAAGCGAGGUUAAACAGCUAGUCAGCAGCAGACACGGCACUAGAACCUAAGCCUGCUGUCCCAGCUUCGGUGCCCGUGCCCACAGCGGAAGCUGCCGCGGCUCAUCCGUAAGAGCGCUGAUUAGGGACGACAAAGACGUCAUCCCACCGUCCCAGUCCCAUUUCCGCCCUCCCAAGUCCCCAACCUUCCAGUCCUCUCCAAGUCGCCUCGCCUCACUCCGCUCUGGACCUUCAAAAGCAUUCCACAUGCCUUUACCCCAACCCUACUGACUGUCCCGCAAAAAGAUGCAAGCGGAAAAGGCCCCAAGAAGCGACUCACGCCUCCCCACUGCUCCCCGACACCCGCUAAGACGCUCUCAGUCGCCCAAUCCCUAUCCAAGCGCAUGCGCCCCCGAGGUGGGCGAGUGUCGGUGAUGUCACGCACAGCGCCAUCUCCGAUAUCCGAGAGUCUGCGACAGCAACUGCCAGUGCGUCAUCAGAGCGCGCCGGAAGCGGUCCGAGAAUGAAGAGUGUGAUCUAUCAUGCAUUGUCUCAGAAAGAGGCGAAAGACUCUGAUGUCCAGCCUCCAGGAGCACAGCGGGCCGAGGCCUUCGUGAGGGCCUUCCCUGAAGCGCAAGCACACCCGGCAUGAGCCCGCAGGCCCGCCGAGGACCAGCUGCAGCGCAAAGGCGUGGUCCUGGAGUAUGUCACCCGCCACAAGCGCCAAGGAGACAGAAGAAGAGAGAAAGCCAAAGGGCCUCUCUGCCAGGCCAAAGGAGGGAGCUGCGGCUCUUUAUUUAUUAAACCAGAGCAGCAGAGGUAACUCUUUUUCCUCCCUCUCCAUGAACUCUGGGAAACAGUACUCAGGGACCUGUGCAAUGGGCUAAAGCCAGACACGCAGCCACAGAUGAUUCAGGCCAAACUGUUAAAGGCAGAUCUUCACGGGGCUAUUAUUUCAGUGACAAAAUCCAAGUGCCCCUCUUAUGUGGGUAUUACAGGAAUCCUUCUACAGGAAACAAAGCACAUUUUCAAAAUUAUCACCAAAGAAGACCGCCUGAAAGUUAUCCCCAAGCUAAACUGCGUGUUCACUGUGGAAAUCGAUGGCUUUAUUUCCUACAUUUACGGGAGCAAAUUUCAGCUUCGGUCAAGUGAACGGUCUGCGAAGAAGUUCAAAGCGAAGGGAACGAUUGACCUGUGAAUUCUUUGCCAUCUAACGCAGUUGUUUAUGACAGCUGAAAACUGGACACUCCUAAAUGCCAACCUUUCAGUGAAGAGAUGGUUAAGCCAAUUCUGCUUAUAGACCACCUCCAGCCAGUGACGUUCUGAGUUGAGGAUGCUCAACAACAUGGGAAGGUCGCGGUGUACCCAGUGAAGAAGUCAGGGGACAGAGGAAUUUCUCUUUCUAGGAGAUCUUCAUUUUGUGUGACUCCCAUGGAGAGGAGCAGACUGGCAGGAAGCACACCGGGGUUAACUCUGGUUGACUUGACUAGUAUCACUCGAUUUUAAAAAAUACUUUUCCAUGUUUUCUGAGUGCUCUAUAGUGAAUCAGCUGCCUCUGUGAUAAUACAGUCCACAUGUGGACAUAACCAGGGAUCAAAUAAAGGAGGUAUUGCUGCA